GUUGACAAUAAGCACUGCAGCAUAAUAACAUGUCCGAAUCCACGGAAGCUUUGCACCAACCGCCUGCUAUUGCUGUCGCCAUCACUGCUCACAACGAUACACUUUUACUACAACACCAACAACACCAACAACAACAACAAGUUAUGCUCCUUCCUUCGCAAUAUUUACAACAACAACAGCUGCUCUUACAACAACAACUGCUACUAUCGCACCAACAUCAACAACAGCAACAGCAACAGCAACAGUUAAGACAGCCUACUUCACGCGCACCGUCUCCUACACCACCACAGUCUAAGAGUGAUAUCAACAAUAACAAUGCUACCUUAGCUCAGGAACAGUACCAAAACUUCCUUUUCCUUCAGCAGCAACAACAGCAGCAACAACAACAGCAACAACAACAACAGCAACAACAGCAACAGCAGCAACAAUACCAGUACUUUAUUCAAUAUCCUCAAUCCCAGGCACUUUAUCCCAUGGACCCUGUUGUAAAUGCUGAAUGGGAUCCAGAUACAGCAGCAGCAAUCAUAAAUAUGACAGCUGACAACACUACCAAUACAUCUGCUUCCGUAUCACAGCAUGCACAUGAGAGGGUUCGCCAGUUUGAUAUGAGUAGAUUUAUUGACUUUUGUGUUGAAGCAUCUACUCUACUCGAGACGCUUCAUCAAAACGGGCUUAUCCAUGGACAACUUUGCCCCACGUCGUUCCGCUGGGAAGAGUCAUCGUCUAUGAAGUCUACUGAUAGCCAUGUCAACGGCAAUAACAGUAACAGCAGCAGUAGCAGCAACCUUGCUAACAGCAAAACUGCUUCAUCUCAAGCUUCCGCCUCCGCAACAUCCAAGCCGGAAAUGGAUCAUACUUUGAGUAAAGGUCUUACUACUACUCCCUCGCUACACUAUAGUCACCAGACACAUCCAAGCAGUACUAGCAGCAAUAGUGCCAGUAAAAGCCAUAGCUCUUGGCGGACAGGGAAACAAAGGAGAUACUCACUUGUCCUUGACUGCACACACCUCCGCGAGCAUUCUCAGUCCUCCUUCAAUGAUCUUAGCUCCACUUCAUUCACUGUUGCUGGACCUAGUCAAGCUGGAACAAACAACACAGCAAUAGCAAUGCCAGAGUCGGGUCCAAGCAUCGGAUCUGUUAUUGAUCCUACACUCUUUUCGCCUUUAGACCUCAAUUUACCACCCUAUACUAGUACUAAUGGCGCUGUCAUCCACGACGCCAUCACUUCACGCGUCGCACGCUUCAAGCGUUCGUUCCUAUUUUCAUCCUCCUCUUCUCCAGCUGUCACUCCUUCAUCUUCAUCGUCAUCAUCUUCAUCGCCAUCAUCCAGCAUGUCCUCUUCGCCCUUGUCUACAUCAUCAUCUCAAGCGACGACUCCUUCUCCUGGAGGGGUUUCUGGACCAACUUUCCAACCCAUGCCUGUCAAGCAGCACUUCCUACUGCAUAUUCCCCAGGGGUUGCAUUCACCUUCUGGGUGUGUUCUUCCUGUCCAAAUAGAUAUCUAUUCUCUCGGUGUCAUGUUUUACUACUUAUGGGCUUCAUACACAACAUUUCAGCCAGGGGACUUAAAUCCUGGGGCCAUCGCAGAAGAAUUAGAUGCAGUCGCAUCAGGGUUUGGAGCAACAUUUUCAGAACGAGUGUCUGCUCAUCCAAAUACACCUGCGUUACUGGCCAAUGUCAUCUUAAGAAUGGUAGCCAAGAGUUCUAAGGACAGAUUCUCGAGCAUGGUUCAGGUUAGAAAAGAGUUGACGGCUAUCAAAGACCAGGAACAUGAAGCGCUGAAGAAGGAUGCUGAAUCUAAGGCACUCAACAGAAGUUUGACAGCCAAUAAAGGCCUUCAGAUACAGGGAACAUCGUUCUCCUCAUAUUCUUCGUCUACCACAGCGCGACCAUCCUCGCCCACCAACUCUAACUACUCCUUCAAAUCUACAUCCACCCAUACAAGUCAAGAUCAUGAUAUAGGCUCGUUCUCAACCCGAUUCUCCGGAUCUAAUCACAAUAGUGCUGAUAAUAGCAUUAGCAGUAAUGGAAGCAAUGGGAAAAAUAGCGGUGGCACUAACAACAAUAUUUCACAUGAAGAUCGUGCGUUUGUGCUCGAAUCAGUGUUGGCUUUAGCGCAUAUCUCCAAUUUGCAGGAAUUGCUCCGCGCGAUUUCUCACGCGUUAGAUAAUUUAUUGGUGGGUCAUCCACCAGAAGAAAUGGCAAUUAUCCUAUGGCAGAAAGAUGAGCAUCUUCCCAAUGGCGGAGCCUGGGCAAUCGUGGAAGAUAAGUAUCAAGUGGGGGCAACACAACCCACAUUGAUUUGGACAGAUCUUUCGGAGCGACGGGAUCAUAUGCCAGUACUAUUACGUAAAGCUUUAGAUACUCAGGAGCCUAUUUUCUCAACUGCUCUGGGGAGUCGGUCUCAAUUACCAACAAUUGCCUGUGUACCCAUUAUUGCGGUGCAAACAGGGAUCUCAACACUCUUGGGGGCAAUCUAUCUUCAUCACCUGCAUCCUCGGUUUUAUUUCAAGAAGCGUGAACAGGACAUGCUGGUUCUAUUCUGUCAAAGGCUUGCGACACCAUUAUUGCAUUGCGAAAAGGUGUCGGGACUGGAGAAGCUACUAUCUCAUGCAACACAGAGAAAUCGCGUCCUGGAGGAUACAUUUGCCAGGAUCCAGAAGAAUGAACAUGAGGUCUUCUCGUGGAUGGAAGCACUACCAUGCUUUGUUUGGGCGGCUGAGAGGGAUGAUAUUGUGAGCCGGCGUUACCUCUCCCGAUCUUGGUUUGACUUUACUGGGCUUCCAGGAGAUGCCCGUACAAGUGACCGAUGGCUCAGUGCUAUGCAUCCUGAUGAUGUCGCCUCAUUCCAAAAGGAGGUAUCGCAGAGCUACAAAACGGGUGUGUACAAAGAUUGCGAGUUUAGAUUGAUGCGUUAUGAUGGCGUCUAUCGUUGGCACCUUUCCCGUGCUGUCCCCGUGUUGAACCACAGCGGAGUCAUCCUGAAGUGGAUCGGAGUCACUAUUGAUAUUGAUGACUUGUACCUGGCACAAAAGGCUGAGUUACACAAGAAAUCAAAUUUCCUUGCCAACAUGAGCCAUGAGCUACGAACUCCGUUCUCAGGGUUCCAUGGGAUGUUGAGUCUAUUAGGGUACUCCAACCUGGACGAAGAACAACAAGAAUGCGUAUUUACUGCUAAAGCUAGCUGCGAGAAAUUAUUGCUCAUUAUUGAUGAUCUUUUGGAUUUUUCCAAAUUGGAAGCCGAAAAAGUUACUCUGGAAGCUUCACCUUUUGACUUGCAGGACGUGUUUGAUGAAGUUGAAGACAUUGUAGAAUCGUUAGCGGCACAAAAGUCAUUGGAACUUGCAUUUAUUAAGGCUGACAAUGUUCCAGAGGUUCUAGUUGGGGACUGCAAUCGACUCAAGCAGAUUCUGCUAAACCUAGUAGGCAAUGCCAUCAAAUUCACGCACGCAGGUCACGUCAUUGUACGAUGUGAAGUCUAUGAUCGGGAUGCAGAGAUGGCCGCAGUGACUGAGAAUGUUGAAGACACUGGCAUCGGAAUUAGCGCAGAGGAGCAAAAGAUGUUGUUCUCUCCAUUCUCUCAGGUGGACGGAAGCGCCACGAGGCCGUACGGGGGAUCUGGUCUGGGCCUUUCUAUCUGCCGCCAGUUGGUGAAGCUGAUGAAGGGCCGUAUUGAUCUCUUUUCCACCCCAGGAAAGGGCUCCACAUUCUGGUUCAUGAUCCAGUCUUCGCUGAAACAAAAGAUGGCUGCAACAGCGAAUGGGAAAAGCAGCAAACUUCGUUCUAACUCACCCAAACCUGCGAAGACAUCCAAGUUAGUGACCGAGGAAGCGACCGAGAUCUCAUUAUCGCUGGAGGAAGCUAACAGGAUUGCAGGCAUGCGUAUUCUUUUAGCUGAAGACAAUUUGAUUGCACAAAAGGUUCUAUCAAAGCAGUUAGCUCUUUUUGGACUUGUGAUUUCAUGCGCGAACGAUGGUGCGGAUGCCUUGAACCUGUUUAAAUCUCAUCCGCGAGGAUACUAUACUCUGGGCUUCUUUGAUCACCACAUGCCUAACUGUGAUGGUGUACAA